AUGCUCAGGGACACUCUUCGUCAUGUCAUCAAAAAUCAUGGCAAGAAUUUGUACAGGAUCAGCAACGGAGUACGAACACAUGGGAAUAACUGCUUAACGCCCCAACAGCAGCUGUCGUUAGCUCUGCGCAAUGGAAGUUUCUUAACUGUUGCUGGACAUUUUGCUGGGAUUUCCAAAUCAACUGCAUCCAAAACAGUCCGAAGAUUCUUAAAAGUACUAACGAGUAAAAGAAAUUCAUACAUUUUCGGAAAUUCUCAGCUCUGCAGACAAUUUGAAUCAGGUCACUUUGGAAACUCUUUGUUGGCUGGUGACAAAGGUUAUACUAUUAAACGCCAUUUGAUGACACCAUUAAAUACAACAACAUCUCCUGCUGAAGAAUUAUACAAUGAAUCUAUCAUUCGUAGUCGCAAUGCUAUAGAGAGAAGCUAUGGAGUUUGGAAAAGAAGAUUUCUAUGUCUAGCUAUGGGUCUCAGAGUUCAUCUAGAUACAGCUUCUCAGAGUUCAUCUAGAUACAGCUCAAGCAGUUACUCUAGGAACAGCAGUGCUACAUAA